CAACAACAGCAGCAACGUGUGUGUGUGUGGUGUGUGUGUCUGUGUGUGUGUGUGAGUGUAAGUGAGUGCGUCUGUGAGCACUUUAACCGUUUAAAUCGAGUUCUGACGUCAUCCCAACUCCUUUUGGUUUUCUUGAACAGAUUUUUCUCGAUAGAUCGAAAAGAUGCCAGUGUUGACGUCAUCAUCGACUUCGUCACCGAGCCGGCGACUCGGAGGAUCAUACACGUCCUACAGCUCAUCUUAUGGCAGCGGGGGCGGCAGCUCUUCUUACUCGCGAUCAUCGUCAACGUUCAGCAGCAGCAGCAGCAGCGGGCGGACGUCCAGCUUGGACCGCUCACCUUAUUCUUCGAGUUAUGUCGCCAGCAGCUACAAAUACACCAGUCCCUCGGUGUCGGUUACAAGAGAUUAUUCCGUGUCCUCCAGACCCCCCAUAUCGUCGACUCGAACCAGUUCUUCGCUGUACAGUUCGUCGACACGGACGUCGCCCGCCCGCACUUACUUCUCGACGCGCAAAUCCACUUCUGAAGAUGGCGCCACCGGCUCUUCGCGCAAUCGAGAAACUCAAUCGGAAACGAGAGACUUGUCCAGCAGCAGCACGGCCAACAGCAAUAAUAAUUACCUGAAUGGCAACGUCAAAAGGUCGCGAGAUUAUUCGUCCAAUUUCGUGCCGUCCUCGACUUUGUCGAAAUAUCGAACGGAACGGACCAGCGGCCUGGCUAAUGGGUCGACGGUGCCGACACGGACCAGCAAAUACUCGUCCGACAGAGACGCUGAAAUACCCAAAAUCGGCGAUCGCAUUCGCAAUUUUCAGUCGUCGAAAUCGGUGGGGGAAACGCCCGUUUUCAGGUCGCGCUUCCUCCGCUCGUCGCAGCCGCUGGACGACAAAAAAGAGGAGCAGCAAAACGCCGAGGAAGAUGUCAGACCGACCGUGUCUGAUUUGCGACGACGCUACGAUCAAAAUCGCAAUCACGUGACUCCCGACAGGAGCCGGACAUCGCCGGCGCCUUCUUCGUCAUUUACCGGCAAACCACCGCCAAUUGGCGGCUCGAAAUCGAGCAGAACGACGACGACGGGCUACGGUUCAGAUAGCGACGAAUCUGUGGAACGUGACGGAGGAAGCACUCCAGUCAACCAGCGUUUGGCCGCCGUUGCUCCGUCCGCCCGCAUUCAAAACAGCCCGACGCCUGACCGCAUCGUCAACGGGGAGAGCAGCCGAGCCUCGCCAGCGCCCAGGACUGCGCCGGCAAUCGCUAAAGAUGUGGCCCUUCGAUCAUCUUCGCCAUCAACGCUCUCGUCUUCAUCGUCCGACGACAAUCAUCAGGAUGGAGGACAUCUUCCGGCCAUUCGAUCUUCAGUUACCUCAGCAAAGUUGAGUGGAGCGAGAGGAUCGAGGCACUCGAUUUCGGAUUCAGUCGAUCAGACGUCAGAGACGUCGUCACCAAAAUCGGCGCCUCGGUCACGCACCUGCAGUUCAAGCCAAGCCAAGACCACCACGUCUAACGAGAGUACAGGACUGGUUGGACUCAGAAAUAUUGGCAAUACGUGUUUUAUGAAUUCGGUGCUGCAGUGCCUGAGCAACACUCGCUCUGUGCUUGAAUACGUCAUAUCGAACGAGUACGCCAAUCACAUCAACACUUCCACGUCAUCGAUGAACGGAGCUCUCAUCAAAGCAUUCGCCAUCGUUUUAGCCGAAUUGUGGAAGAAAGAAGAUGACGAUGACGACUCGUACUCAUCCAGCGCUGUUAAUCCGACUGCUCUAAAGAGCCAGAUUCAAAAAUUUGCUCCCCGUUUCAUGGGCUACAAUCAACAAGACGCCCAGGAAUUUCUCCGAUAUCUUUUGGAGGGUUUGCACGAAGAUGUCAACCGAAUUGCCGUCAAACCCCGCCCUCUCGAACAUGACAUUUCAGAUGAUUUGAGUGAUUCGGAGAAGGCCGCGGAAUCGUGGAAGCGUUACGUGAGGAGGGACGACUCGAAGAUCGUGGACCUGUUUGUUGGCCAGCUCAAAUCAACUUUACAGUGCACUGUCUGCGGUCACUGCAGCGUGACGUUUGAUCCCUUUUGGGAUCUCUCUCUGCCUAUCCCGCCGUCCAGCAAAUCCAACGUCAAGUUGCAGCACUGCCUCGAUCUUUUCGGCAAGGAAGAAAUACUCGACGGAGAUGAAAAGCCCACGUGUUCCAAAUGUCAAACUCGGCGCAAGUGCACCAAAAAGUUCACCAUUCACAAGUUCCCUCAGAUUCUUGUGCUCCAUUUGAAACGCUUCAGUCCCGGCGAGAGAUUCCGCAAAUUAGACGCCAGCGUCGAUUUCCCGCUGACGGACCUGGACUUGUCUGCCUACACAAGUCCAGGCAUCAAACCAUCGCCUUGCAGCUACCAACUUUACGGAGUCAUCAAUCAUUCGGGAUCGGCCUAUUCGGGACACUACACGGCCUCCUGCCGGCAUCCAUUCAGUGCGAAUUGGCACGAAUACAACGACUCUAGGAUAUCGAACUUGACCGCCCAGCGGGUCGUUUCAUCAGAGGCCUACCUAUUGUUUUACGAAUUGGAGUCGACGGAAGCCCGUUUAUAGUUAUUUACUACGCAAGAGAGAGAGAGAGAAGAAAAAGAAAGAAAGAAUAAAUCCCCGCCCACCUAAUAUCCCACACUUAACACCACACUAUAUAACAUUUUUUGUUUUGUUUUUUUAGGAAUCAAUAUUUUCUUUCAAUUUUAUUGAUCAUUUAAUGAUAUGUACACAUGCUUAGGCCAGAAACGCUGCAUAUUUGGUAAAAA